AUGAGGUCCUUCCUACUGCUGCUGCUGCUGUUGUUUGGGUCUUUGCUAAGAGCCGAUUCUCAGUCUCCCGCAUGGAUUAAAGAGGUGGAAGGUAGUGGUAAGACCUCCUGUAAUUAAGAUUUUUGCAAUCCCUUGUAAAUCUCCUUAUGACAACAAACAUUUUCUUUCUGAUGACUUCAGAGGGUGAAAAUAUCUCUAGUUUCAGAUGUUUUAUUUGUGCAGUUCUAAGGUUUGAAGAAGCUAUUAAAAGGUUUUACUGCAGGUGAGACAGAAUGGAUGCCUCAGCCUGAUUUCAUAGAUGACAUCUAUUGGGCUGGGACGGCCCCUAUUUGUGUUGGAGGCUGUAAAGGACGUCACCAGGAGCUGAGGAGAGAUUCGUGUGGAAACUCAGACUGCUGCUGGCUCGGAUACAAGUCCUUGUGCAGAGGUAAGAACACAACAAAAGAACAAAUUUUAAAAUGCUGGAGCACAAAAAAAUAUUUUAUCAGCCUUUGCCUUUAUCUUGUUUUGCAGUGAAUUGUGGGAAGCCAGAUGUGGACUAUAAUGGAGCGGUGUACGGUAAUGACUGGUGGGUGGGCUCUGUGGUGAGGUACACCUGUCGUUCUGGCUUUCUGCUAUUGGGAAACUCCACCAGAACUUGUCAGGCUAAUGGACUCUGGACCCCCAAACCUACCUGUCUCAGUAAGGAAACACUACAACACAAAUACUGUAUUUCACCAUAAAUCUUUAAAGCCUAUCAAAGAAUUCCUCUCUUUAGGAAUGUGUCCAAAGGGGCGCAUCGAAAUCAGUGAGAGGGAACUCAGUGGGUCAUGCAACUCCACCUGCAUGAACAAGAGCUACUUCGGUCCACCUAAACAGGGCUGCUCUAAGGUAGACAACUGUAUGAAGAAGCAGACCGGCUGGAAGCGCUUCUUUUCACAGUGUAUUCCCUGCAUUUGUGACUGUGCUCUGUCAUGUGGUGAGUAUUCAACACAAAGGCACAUCCCCAUUUACUUAGUACUUUCAGUUUAUUGUUAGAAAUUUAAUGCUAAGAACACAUUUUUCUUCACGUCCAGCAUCUGCAGGUUGA